AUGGGUCAAUCGUAAGCAUAACCUAUGAAAGCAUUAUUCAAUGUUGGAAGCGACAAUGAAUUUUAAGUGAAAUUAACCCUAUUCUUAGGUUAGGAUUCACCUUCAAUUUUACCUAUAGAAGCUAGGGAAAUUAUUAAGCAUGAAAAAUUUGCAUAAUUGCUAGAAUUGCUAAUUGAGAGAAUGCAACAUGAGAAUAACAAAGUUGUUUAAAACACCUUAAAGAAUUUAACAAUUUUCAUUCCAAUAUUAUUGGCAGAAAAUCAUAAAUUAAUAACUUCUAACAACUCUAAAGUUGAGGUCGAAGUAAUAAAUAGAAUUACAGUUGUGAAAGCUGAUGAAGAUAUGGAACCUUUAGAUGUUGUCAAUUUGGCAGAUCCAAGAAUUUUUCGAAUUAUUGAUAAUCUAAUGACCUUAUUAUUUCGUCCUGGCUUUACAAUCCAAGGGAGAGAUAAAUUCAGUUUGGAUAAUGAUCAUAGAUUAAAAUCUUUGCUUAAGUAAUGGCUAGAUAAGGAUAUCAAAUUGAAACUAGAAAAUAUUUGGAGAGGUCUAGCUACAUUAACAAAGUAUCCUAAUGAUCAAAAACAAUAUUAUGAAAAUAGAGUCUUGGUUUUAAGUUGUCUAUUGGCAUGUUUGGAGGAAUAAUUAUAUCAACAGAAACCUAAUUCGAGUGAAUCAUUAUCAUAUUUAGCAUUUGAAGAUCAUGCGGAAAUGUUUGCCUCUCUUUGGGCAGUGAUAUUAUUCCACAAACAUGGAUACUUUUGGUUUUAAGAUAACUUAUUAUAUUAAUAAAAAACUUGUAGAUUUAUGGCAAUUCUGAGUGCAUAAGUCUUAAAUAUCAUUUUUUCAUUUGAUUCUGAGUAAAAUAAAUUUAGAAAGAUAGUUAUAGAAACUGACUUACUUGAUUAUUCAUUUGAUUUAUUGAUUGAAAAUAUGCAGCAAUCCCUUAUUUCUGAUACAAAUUUUAUUACGACUAAAGCUCAUGAUAAUAAGGGGGUCCAAGAGUUCAUGGGCCUACUUUAUUUUUUAUUGACCAAAAAUUAAUUUGCAUUAGAAUACUUGAGGCAUCUUUCCAAACAAAGAAUUAUUAAUCUAUUACAAUUACUCUUGUAUUACAUUGCAUAGUUCAUGGAUAAUGAAGUUAAUUAUGAAGUUUACUGUAUCUCAUUAGAAUUGCUAGAUUAUUUAUUCAACUUUGAAAACAUAGGAAGGGUGUCAUAGGAGAUAGUUGAAGUCUAAUAUAGAGUUAAAGUAUUACCUAUAACUUUUGGGACUUAUUAAGAUUACAUUUUGAGUUAUUACAGCCAUCUUUUGCUUCUAGAUUUCAGAAGUAGAACCAGAUUUUAUGUUGAGCGUUUCAAAAAGAAAAAUCUUCAAUAUGAGAAUAUGGGAUAUCUGAUAAAUUAUAAGCCAGAAUUAUUAUGUAGAACAAUAUACAAAAUGUCAUACUUUACGAAGCAAAUAUCCUUAGAUGCAUCACUUCUAUUUGAUGAGGCAAUAAAAAAGUAUUACCUCUAUGAUUUUUUGUUUUUAAGCACUACAUAAAUAAGCAAUCAAGAAUUAUUGACACUAGCAUUAUUUAAUUUUGUAAAGAAUGGUAGUUGGACAGUUUUGUAUUAUUUAUUAUAGAAUUGUGAAUAAAUUGUUAAAUUUUAAGUGACAGACAAGAAGUUAUUUAAGUUCUUCUAAUGUUGUGAUGAAGUUGAACAAGGAUUACAGAACAAUCAAAUAAAUAAGGAUGAAUAAUAAGAAAGAUUUCAGAAAUACUUAGAAGUAUGGAAGGAUGUUAAGGGGAGAUUCUAGGGCGUUCAUAUUUAAUAGUUAAAAUAAAUAAUAGGGAUAACAUUUUAAUUAUUGAGUUCAGCUAGUAAAAUAAUUUAUGGAAUCAGUAAAGAGGAAUUUUAAGACAUAUAUAAAAAAACUAGUUGGUCAUUCAUUUUAGACUUUUAGGUUGAACUUGUAAAACGAGAAUUUCGUUUGGACAUCUAUGCUUUUAGUCAGUAUAAAUAGCAGCUUGAAUAUAUGCCAUUAAUUGAUUUAGAAAAAUGCAUUUUUAUUUGA